AUGAGGCUGCUCCGGAGCACCGAGCAGGAGGACAACUGCACGUGCACCCUGGGCUUUGUCCUGUUGCGCAAGAAAUACCACUGCUUCCCAUGGAGCCGAAUCCGCAGAGGAUGGGACAGAGCUCUUCCAAGGAAGGACCAGUAUAUCCAUGGCUCUGUGUACGUGCAUGACUGUUACAAAGCAUGUAUUAAAAAGCCAGUGCCACAACUUCCGUUCAAGAACAAGCGGACGGAGGAAGUUGUACGGAGACCCAAGCCCAGAAUGGGAGCAGGUAUGGACUGUCAGUGGAAGGGACGGCCCAUGAAGCUCGCGAGUGCUUCCAGCACCCAGCGGUUUGGGUGGGCUGGGGACACUGGACCCCGCUCCGGUGCCGAAUGCCAGAUUAACAGUACGGAGGAGCUGUCCCCCAGCCUGGCUGCAGGCUGGGGACGGCGGGUGCAGAGAGGGCUGCCGGGCACGCCCAGCCUCAGCAUGGCAGCGACCAAACCUGAGAGACGAGAGCUAUUUGGCAGAGGAUGGGAACUCUGGGUGUCCGCCGGUGCUCCCGCGCCAGGCCACCCGGGGCCCUCCCUCUGGGUCCCCUUCCAGAACGCCGCCACCGCGGUCACGAACCUCUACAAAGAAAGUGUGGAUACCCAUCAGCGAAGCUUUGAUGUAGGAAUUCAGAUUGGCUAUCAGCGUCGGAAUAAGGAUGUGUUAGCUUGGGUUAAAAAACGCAGAAGAACUAUUCGUAGAGAAGACUUGAUCAGCUUCCUGUGUGGAAAAGUUCCUCCUCCAAGAAAUUCUAGAGCUCCCCCAAGACUGACUGUAGUAUCCCCUAACCGAGCUACUUCGACAGAAACUAGCUCAUCUGUAGAGACUGAUUUGCAACCCUUCCGUGAAGCCAUAGCUCUGCAUGGUCUUAGUGGUGCAAUGGCUAGUAUAAGUGUUCGCUCAAGUACCCCAGGCUCGCCCACUCACGUGAGCAGUGGCUCCAAUGCUAGUCGAAGGAGAAAUGGACUCCAUGAUGUUGAUUUGAACACUUUCAUAUCAGAAGAAAUGGCACUCCACUUGGACAAUGGUGGAACUAGAAAGCGUACCUCAGCCCAGUGUGGCGAUGUCAUUACAGACUCACCAACCCAUAAACGCAACAGAAUGAUCUAAACUGCAAAAAUUUCAAACCCACCAUGCUGCUUGAAAGCCACUUGAUCCUCAGAGUACUAUUGAAAAGGAAACAUGAGGCCAUCUUUCCAUAUUCACUGUUUAAGACAAAUUCAGUAAUUGCCAUAAAGAAAAUUUUAGAUAUUACAUUAGAUGCCUCUUGUAACUGCGGCUUUCUUAAACUAUAUUCUUAGCAGAGGACAUCAGAUAUUGUGUAGUAGUUAGCAAGAUCAUCAUAGGCAAACAUGUAUCCGUUCCAAGGCUAAAAGUGACCUUACUUGUAUUCUUAAAGGGAAAGGAAAUUUCAGAUGUUUAUUUGGUUAUAGAAUGCUUUUUUUUGUCCUUUAUUUCCUGCUGUGUUGAGUAUUUGCUUAAACAGUAUUGCCAG